AUGGCAAUGGCCGAAGUUGCAGCCACUCCAUCGCAAACCUCGGCUGCCGGGGCAGCGGUUCCUGCAGUUGCAGGUAGCUCUUCUCGGUCAAAAAGUCCGCUUUUGUUCGCCUCUUCGCCGCCCUCUACCACUCCACGUGCAAUCACGCAGCAUCACCAACACCAAAUCCGAACUGACCAGGCGCAGCCUGUGCAGCCUCAAUACAACCCAACGAACUCUCCGGGAGAUGGUAGUUCGACUAAUUUUUUCUCGCACCACCAGCGACUCUCUCCACAGGACUCCAUGCACUUAUCCUCCGCAGAAAGAAAUAUACCGCGCGGUUUACCUCCAAUAGUCUCUUCAAUGCCGGGCGCCUCACCCCCAGGACCUUCACAAAAUGACCCGCGACAACCAGUAUCGCCCAGGACUGUAUCUCUGGGUUUAAGUGACUCUUCGCAGGGCCUCGAGGGAGUUACGGGCGAUACGGCGCCGCGAAAAAGGUCUAAAGUUUCGCGCGCCUGCGACGAGUGCCGACGAAAAAAAAUACGAUGUGACGCGACUUCAGAAUCUGGUGUUGAGCAAUGCUCAAGCUGCAAGCGAGUCGGCUCCAAGUGUUCUUUCAGCAGGGUUCCCAUGAAACGCGGGCCAAGCAAAGGCUACAUCAAAGAGCUGGCCGACAGAUUAAAUACUCUUGAAAAUUCCAUGUCUACGGGUGACAUGCAUUCAUCUUACGGUUCGGGUAUGGCCGGCGAAGGAGAUCAGUCACCCGGUCCUUCGGAUUCGACGUCGCCUCCACCAGCUGGGCCACCCAGCUCACAGGGGCGGUCUAGGAAGAGAGCUUUGUCGACAUCUAGCGAUUUUCAAUCUUCGGUACACCUUCAGCCGUUGUCUCAAUCUAAUCCAACGGCCAGGUCGAAUGAACGACUACCUUCUAUUGAUUCGUUUCAUCCCACGACACAACAUCAGCAUCAACAGAGAGCACAGCUUCUGCAUGAAUCGCAACCACAGCGGCAGCUGCCACACCCCCAGCAAGCCCCGUCUACCCAUGCACAUCAACCUCCACCACCCCCGCCUCCGCCUCAUCAGGCGUCACGCCAACACCCUCCUUCAACUGCUGAGCCCUCUGCGCCUGGCUAUAGAGCUACUUUAUCGCCAAAUGGUAUGGGUCAGUAUUGGAAAUCAGUUCCUGAUGUCGGCGGCCGGCGUGCAAGUGUAAGUUUUCCGUUUGAAUCGCCAGAUCUUGGGCGCUCUGCUGCUGGCUCAACGCCUGGGGAUAUAAGUGGAUUUGAAUGGGAUGAUGAAAUAAUUGAUCAGUGAGUGAUCCUAAGAAUCCCAACAGCCUCUUAUAUAUAUCUUCAUACAUUUUGAUACAUUUUCAAAAUAUUUUAUGAAGCUCACUCGACGAUCGUUUAACCUCGUGACAGAUACUAUGAGUUGAUACAUCCGACAUUUCCCCUUCUUCCACACUCAAAGGACCGUCUUCACCAACGGUUAGCGAACACUUCUAUUACAGUUAGGGAGGCUUUCUUAGAGGCUCUGCAUGCUACCAUACGAUCGAACCCAUCAUCACAUCUUCGACCUAAUUCACCGCCAACAGAUACAAAGAAAGCAUGUGAAUUGACGUUGGCCUCUC